AUGAAAUUCAACCAGAAGAUUUCAUAAAACGUGUGGAGCUCAAGGAAAGAUAUGAAGAGUUGAUUGAAUGCAUAGACUGUCAUCAGCCGGCUAUACAUCAGAUAGACGGGGAGUUGAAUACAAUCAGUCAGAAUUUAGCCUUGAUUGCUAGCAAAUUGAAUGAUCCUGACUGUGAUGCUCAUCUAACUGGCACGAGUUUAUCAACUACUGGUGCACUCUUUAAACAGAUACUUGGAUUAGAAGAGAUCGAGUUAGAAAUUAGACAAACUGACGAAAAUCUGUGUGAAAUAAAGUUUAAUCCGCUGUUCACUACAGACUCCUGUCAGACAGAAGGAAUUCAGAAGAGACUGGAGUCCACUGAAGGUGAACUAAUCGAUAUGCAAUUUGCUAUAGAUAACAAGCUAAAGCAUUUGAAGCAAUUCCAUCAGAGAUUAGAUGAAUUCACAGAAUCUAUUAAAACCCAAUUGGUAUGGAUAAGAGAACAAGAAAGUGAAUUGGAACAAUACACCAUAAGGCAUAAUAAUAACGAAUCCGAAGCUUUGGAGAAAGAACUCAAUGACUUUUAUAUGCUUAUUAUAAAACUUAAUCAUUAUCAAAGAGAUAGUCUACAGCCAAUGCUGAAUACUUACGAUAAACUGACGCGCAACAAUUUCAAUCCAAAUGAAGUUGUUGCGCGUCAGUUUAUC